AUGCACAAGCUGUUUGCACCCAGACAGUCCCUUCGGCCAACAGAAGUAGAGCAUUCUAUUCUUGAAGACCUACGGAACCGCGUACAGUUGAGUAGUAUCGCGCUGCCUUCAGUCAGCUUCUAUACGUUUAUUAACACGCAUAAUGGUUUGAACUGUUCAUCAAUAUCUGCAGAUGGAUCCAUGGUUGCUGGUGGAUUUUCUGACUCAUCACUGAAGGUCUGGGACAUGGCAAAGCUUGGUCAACAAACUGGCAGUUAUGAAACUUUAUCCCGUUCAUUUUUUCAUGCUUUCAUUGAUUCUUUCUUUGCAGAAACAACCUCUUCACAUGCGGAGGGUGAGGAUUCGGCUUCAGGUGAACAUAAGCUUGGACCACAUGAUGGGAGAAGAUCUUAUACAUUAUUUCAAGGUCAUUCUGGACCUGUUUACUCGGCCACUUUUAGUCCAUUCGGGGAUUUUCUUCUGUCCUCUUCAUCAGAUUCAACAAUUCGAUUGUGGAGCACUAAAUUAAAUGCCAAUCUUGUCUGCUACAAGGGUCAUAAUUACCCUGUAUGGGAUGUUAAGUUUAGUCCAGUAGGACAUUAUUUUGCCAGCUCAUCACAUGACCGAACGGCAAGGAUUUGGUCUAUGGACAGAAUACAGCCUUUAAGAAUAAUGGCAGGGCACUUGUCUGACGUUGACAUAGUAGAUCCAUCUCCAUCAAGUGCUAUGGUUACAAACAAAUGUUCUCCUUCUGAUGCUCCACAAUCCGGAUCGAAAUUACAGAGAGUUGCAAUGCAUAAAAUGGUGAGAACAGAUUCACUAGAUCCUGCUGGAAGGUUGCAUGCCUACUUGCAAGUUAAGCCUUCUAGUAAGCCAGAAAGGAGUUAUUGCUUGACGUCUAUUAGGUACAAUUAA